CAACAGCAGAGUGAAGUGCGGACAGAAUUCAAUCUUUUGAUUAUUAAAAGCACAAUUUCAUCAGUUUUGACAUAUUUUUGGUGCUCUGGCAACACUUAAGGAUCCGUUUUGAACACUUUGAUCCUUGACACUCACAGGCAUCAGGAUCAAUAAAUAAAAACAUUUAACAAACUGAAUGUAACUUCAGAGCAGACAUCAAGAUGUUUCUGAUGAGUGUCUGCCCUGUCUGAAAGAGAGACAUGGAUGCUUUUGAGGGAAUUCACAGCGUCCAGAUUUCCUCUUCUCCGCCGUCUUCAACAAGCCCAGGAUAUGAAGUCCUCAAAACAGGGAGAUCUGGAAUAGCAGUAUAUUCCUCUGCAGUGUUUUUCGGCACACCUGAAGUCCUGGGACAGCCAGCCGCUAGACACAAGUGCAGCAGGGACACUAAGGAGGAAGGCUGUGUUGUAGGACGGUUGGUAGAUCUGGAUCCAGAGCCAAAGUCCAGAGUGGAGGGAGGAGGUCAGGCUGGGCCCACCUCAGGCAGAGACCAUGGCAACCUCUCACGGCUUCGUAGUUCGUCGUUGGAGAUCAAAGAAAAAGAAAUCAGAGAAAAGGGCUCGGAGAUCCUCAGGGAACAGCUGGAUGCUGCAAAGAGGGAACUGAAACUAAAGGACAAGGAGUGUGAGCGUCUGUCUCAGGUCAGGAUUCAGCUGGAGCAGGAGCUGGAGGAGCUGACUGCCAGUCUGUUUGAGGAAGCUCACAAGAUGGUGCAUGAUGCUAACGUCAAACAAGCUGCUGCGGAGAAACAACUGAAGGAGGCUCAGGGAAAGAUUGAUGUUCUGCAGGCGGAAGUGACAGCGCUCAAGACUCUGGUGUUGACAUCAACACCUUCUUCACCAAACCGCCAGCUGCAUCCACAGCUGCAGCCGUCAGGAACCAGAGGAGCGUACAGACAUGUGCGCAACAAGAGCGCGAGCGGUACCUUUCCAUCUUUACCUGGAAAACCAGAGCCCUCCUCGCUUUCCAUUCAACCUGUGACCAAAGAGGACCGAGAGAUGGACUCUGUUCUGUAUGCAGAGUUUUUGAUGUGGAAGGAGAAUCCAAGUGUAGAGCGCUCCUCUGCCUUCUUGAGUCGCACCUACAGAGAAGACAUCGGACCGUGCCUCUCCUUCACGAGAUCUGAGCUGUCGCAGCUGGUGCAGAGUGCGGUGGAAAACAACUCUUUGACUAUCGAGCCCGUGGCCAUGUCAACGCUACCGAUGGUUAAAGCCUCAGCUGUUGAGUGUGGCGGCCCAAAUGGCUUUAGGGCAGCAAUAGAGACAAAAUGUGCGUUAAGCGGCAUGUCCCGCCUCUGCCGACAUCGCAUCAAACUUGGCGACAAGGGGAGCUACUAUUACAUCUCUCCUUCCAGCCGAGCACGGAUCACGGCUGUUUGCAAUUUUUUUACUUAUAUCCGCUACAUCCAGCAGGGCCUGGUGAGACACGAUGCGGAGCAGAUGUUCUGGGAGGUGAUGCGUCUCCGCAGAGAGAUGACUGUGGCCAAGUUAGGUUUCUACCUCACUGACCAGGGCUAGAGGGCCUGGCGGGGACGGCAUGAUCCCAGGACCUUGAGUAUUCGAGGUCAGGGUUAAACUGUGGUAACAAACAGGUCUUGGAUCAGUUUUUGUAGCAGAGGUUGUACAGCAUUAGUGCUGCAGCAGGGGCCGACCAACAAGGGAAACAGAAAAUGUUCAAAGACAAAGAGUUAAACCAGCACAGCUAGAAGGAAGUAAAAAUAACAUGAUUUUAAAUAGUGUUAUUCCCAUAUAUGUAAAAUAUAUUUUCCUCCAGUAAUUAUCUCCGCUGGAGAAGAGAGUUGUUUCUGUUUCUGAACCUCCCCGGUGGAGUACACACAACUUCUCUUGUUAAUACAAAGAGACUCUAUGUAUCAUGUUCCAGGCGUUAGUCUGUCGAAAAGCACAACGCAUGAGAGCAGAGAGCUUUGGUCUCUUACCUCAAGUAUUACAUAUUGAUAUGUAACUAUGUAAUGUUAUAGUUCUACUGUGAGAUUAACAAUAUCCAUGUGGUUUCCACAGAACAAUUAUUUUUACAUAAAUAUAACUAGCAUCUCUUCUUUCAGUUAUCGGCUCAAACACAACAGACGUUUAAAUGUGUGGAUGCACUCUUGCACUACUUGUCCUCGAUGCCUUGUAUAAUCACACAAAUGAAACGGCUUCAUGUCGGCCUGACCUGUACUUCAUAACCAGAAAUAUUGCUAAUGACUUAGUUAUGACACCUCCGGGCUCAAAAUAGUGGCAGUUUCACAAUAUAGUCAGAAGAUUAGCUUUAAUACAAGUGAUCGCAAUAUGAAAUGCAAUGAAGAAUAUGUACAUACAGUAAAAGCCAUAAAUAACUUUGCAUGAAUGCAGUACAUAGCCAUAUUAUACAAUGUAUAUUGGUUGUACUUCAUAGUAUAGAUUUAUUAUUUUGAAUGGAUUGUUUUUCUUUUUUUUACAGAAAACUGUUGAAGGUUAAAAAUGAUGAAUAUUGGGUCAGAAAGUGCAAUAAAAAAACUGCUUCUAAGCCUUCUUUAGGGCUUUGAGGUUCCUAACCUCAGUGUACCGAUAAUUAAUACACUCCAUUAAUAAAGGCGAGGCAUUGUAGCCUCACUACAUCA